CACAAUGAGGAGCAGAGGCUGGGGAGACGCUCCGCAAACGCCGCUGUAAAUAAAUACAACAAUCACUGAGGCCAGAGAAACAUGGAGAACCAGUGCACGGUGCAGGUGAAGCUGGAACUGGGCCACAGAGCCCAACUAAGGAAGAAGGUGACAUCAGAAGGCUUCACCCACGACUGGAUGGUGUUUGUCCGAGGGCCAGAGACCGGUGACAUCCAGCACUUUGUAGAGAAGGUUGUCUUCCGCCUACAUGAGAGCUUCCCCAAGCCCAAGAGAGUAUGCAAGGAGCCUCCGUACAAAGUGGAGGAGUCGGGCUACGCAGGCUUCCUCAUGCCAAUUGAGGUUUACUUCAAGAACAAGGAGGAGCCAAAAAAAGUAUGUUUCAACUACGACCUAUUUCUCAACUUGGAGGGCAACCCACCAGUCAACCACCUACGCUGUGAGAAGCUUACCUUCAACAACCCCACCAAAGAAUUCAGGAGAAAGCUGAUCAAAGCCGGAGGGGUGUUGGUGGUUCCAGAGGGGGCUGAAGCCGUGUCGAGGCCCAGUCCAGACUACCCGAUGCUCCCCACCAUCCCCCUCUCUGCCUUCUCAGACCCCAAGAAGACCAAGACAUCUCAUGUGUCAAAGGAACCCAGCAAAGAGGGAAGUGGUGGCAGCAGCAAAGGACCCAAACCGCACAAACUGACCAAGGAGCACCGUGAACGGCCCCGAAAAGACUCUGAGAGCAAAGGCACGUCGAAAGGAGACAACGACAGAGACGGAAGCAGCAAGAGUGGCCGCGAUCCUUCCUCGUCCUCAUCCUCAUCUUCAAAAAAGCCUUCAGAGAUCAAAGUGAAAGAUGAAGUUAAGGUCCUACCCAAGGCUGCCUUCAAGGAGCCCAAACUCACCCUGAAGGAGUCAAAGAUGGAGGGCAUGUCCCCUAAAGGAGGGGGGGCUGGGACGGGCAGGUUCGGCAGAGCGGCGGGUGGGGCAGGGCCCGCAGAUUCAAAGCUCCCGGGAAAACGUCCCUCCACUGUUGAAUCUCCCAAACCCAGCGCUAAGAAGCAAAAGAAGGGCAGCUCAGAGGGGCCGAAGGGGCCGUCCAGCGGGGCCUUCACAGGAACUUCUCCUCGUGUCUCCUCCUCGUCUGCAGCCAGCCAGCCGUAUGCAGAGAAGAAGCCUCCCAAGGAAAAAGGUCGCUGGGCCAAAGGCAAAAAUGACACACAGGAGCCAAAGGAGCCCAAGAAACUUCCAGAGUCGGAAGAGUCGAAUUCAGAGGAUGAAGCAUCGUCAAAGUCAGAGCAGUCCGCCCCUUCCAGUCCUUCCAACUCCAGUUCCAGCUCUGACUCCAGUUCAGAUUCGGACUUUGAGCCAGGACAGAAACAAGGGCAAGGCCCUCUUCGAUCCAUGGUGGAGGAAAUCCAGUCAGAAGAAUCAGAUGAUGACGACAGCAGCUCAGAGGAGGAGACGCCCAUCAAAACCAAUCCCCCCAACCGGGACUCUCGACUCAGCCUGGACAGUGAGAGUGACAGCAGUGACGGCUCACACAGCCCCAGUCGAGAUCCUGCUCCACCUCCGCAGAAACACAGCUCCUCCAAUAACAAAGUUUCAGGCAGAAAGAGUCCAGAUUCCUCUUUUCGCUCAGAGAAGGUGUUGAAGAAGGGAUACGACAAGGUAGGAAGGGCCUACACAGAAGAACUGGUGGACCUCCACCGUAGACUGAUGGCUUUAAGGGAGCGUAACGUCCUACAGCAGAUUGUGAACCUGAUCGAGGAGACGGGCCACUUCAACGUGACCAACACCACCUUUGACUUUGACCUCUUUUCACUGGACGAGUCCACUGUCCGCAAACUACAGAGCUACCUGGAGGCGACGGCCACGUGACAGGAAGUGGAAAUGGGCGUGGGGAAACCGGCCUGUGGAUGGCAGCGGCGGAGGUGGAGGUAGACUCACCACCACGUCCCCUCUUUUUAAGGAGGGGACAAGCAGCCACAUCAUGUCGCAGCUGUCUUCACAGGCCUGAAUGAACCAUCGAACAACUACCACACAAACAGAAACAUGCGAACAAACACAAGCACACACAAAGACACACCACCUUCACGUGGGGGGGACACUGAAGGAGGAGGUGUGGAAGGGAGGGCGGAGGAGGAGCGGAGUGGCUGAACUCCGUCUACAGUCAGGAUUUUCACUACACAUCUCUUUUUUUUUUUUUUUUUUUUUGAGUCUGUGCAGAGCUGUGGUAUGCACCCCACACCCCCUCCUUCACCCUCCUGCACUCCCGCCUUUGCAAACCCAAUACUUCCCCUCCUCCUCCUCCUCCUCCACCCCCACCUCCUCCUCCUUCACACGCACACUCCUUACUCGGCAGAACACUUCAGUCCCCUUCCCCCUGCUGUCAGCUGGAGCUCAUUUCUCUCCCGACAUACACUUUGAGUCGUGUGUGUGUUGACUGUGCAUGUGUGUGUUUGCAUGCAAGUGCUGAGGUUUUAAGAGGAGACAUUGUCUUUGUGGUACCGACUUCUCUUUGUUCGUGAAGCUCUAGCACAAACAACAGCCGGUUUCCCUCCAUCACACACACGGCAAACAGAAACAAAGUCGGGUAAUAAUUUACUUUAACUCCCCUAUUUAACAUUCAUAAGGAGUAUAUAAACAUUGAAUAAACGGUUAUAACACACUACAAUGGCGUUGUAAGCAGCUAUAAGUUUACUAUAAAUCCUCUUACAUGGAGGUUGGUGUAUAAACUGAUAAUGAGUGACAAAGUAGUUGAAAAGAUGACACUUACUGUACCUUAAUAAACACUUAAAAUGGCCUUAUGUGUGAUUAUAACUACAGUACAGUGUGUUAUAAACCCUUGUUUAGCUUUUAACAGUGCUUAUUAGUGAUAUGGGGGCUUAAAGUAAAUUUGUACCAGAUUCAUGCACAUGUUUGUCCUUCCACUUAACCUUGUACAUGAAGACAUUGAGAGGUCCUGUGCUGUAUGUGUGACUUUGUUUUGGAUGAGAUUUCUCUGUUGUCUGAACAUUUGAAAACACAUGUUCUGUUGAGUUUCCCCUCUACUUCCUCGCACUGAAAGCUGAGCCUUGACCUCCUCCCAACAGCUCCCCCCUUUUCCCACUGAAGCCCCCUCACUCCUCCUCCUUCACCUCCUCCUCCUCUUCCUCUUCCUCCCUUAUUCUCAUAUUGGCGUGCAUGAAAGGGCUCGACUGCUCGCGGCCAGAGCGGUGGAGGAUCACUCCUGAAUUGCCUUCUAAGUGGUGGGUAGGGUAGGGUGGUGGGUGGGGGUUUAAAAAAAAAAAAAGCCGUGAAAAAGUAGCCAUACUUGUCUCCCAGAAUCCAAAAAGAAGAAAAAAUAAAAUAGGGGCCACGCUUUUUUACAUUUUAUUUUUCUACAAGUGCAUUUUGUGUAUUUAUUCCCAGACUGCGGUCAAGAUAACCUGUGAGCUAUGAAUGUAUAUCGCUUUUACUUUUCUACGGCUAGCAACAGCCCCACUCUAGUGCCUUUUUCUGCAACUUGCAGUGAGGGGGGGGUGUGCGCUCUAUUAGCCAUGGUCACACAGAUUGAAACCCCCCCGAAAAUACCCCCCUCGGGUAAACAAGUGUUAAUAGGGAUGCCUGAAUAUCCAGUAUUGUCUUAAUGGCUUCCAUCCCUGCUUCUCUUUCUCCAGUGUCUUUGUAGGCUGUCGUCAUUUUUUCAGUGACAUUUCCGUUGAUCAAUCCCUCUAAAAAAUUUAAGAGCACUAUUUUUCCCUUAUGGUGGUCACAUUUUUAUGUUAUUGCUUUCUGAGAUUAGGUUCAGUGUUUUAAAGAGGAAGCAUCAGGUGGCAUUAAUCAGCUCUAGUAACAGUUUCUUAAGUGGUGUCGUGUGUUUGGUGAGACGUUGAAAAGGGUCGGGGUUCCCUCUUCAAGCGGUUUGAAGGUGGAGCGUCUGAUACCAAGUUACCAGGCGCUUGGAGAGAGCGUCAACAAAGGGCAAAAAAUAAGCUAAAGAACCCUCCUUGUGUUUUCUUUCCCUAAAUAUUUGAAAUGUAUCUCUCAGGGGCCUGCAUCAUGACGCAACAUCAGUGGGUUAAUAACUUAACUGGUCUCAGAAAGCUGGCUCAGUUUAGAUCACCAAACCAGUGCUGCUUCACUUCCACCUACAUCAAAACCUGAACACGAUAAAUAAUAAUGAGCACAAAGCAACAUGUUUACACACCACUAGAUUCACUGGGCUGACAUUUAAGGUAUGUUUGUAGCACAACCCACUCUUUUUUUUUGUUUUUGUGCUUUCAUUAGCGAUGACAGAGAAGAGGCAGGAAAUGAGGAGAGAAAAGACUGGGGGCAUGACAUUCAACAAAGGGUGAGACUCAAACCUGCAACGUUGCGGUUCAUCGUCAGUAGUUGAAGCCCACAGUGCUUCUAGCAUGUGGCACAAAGCAAGAUGGCGAUAGUUAUCAAUACUGAAUGAUAUUUACAGUUGUUUUAAUUGAGCUGAAAUUCUUCAGUUGGCACAGCAUUGUCUAUUUUGCAUUAACGAUCCUAAAGAACAUGCAGGGACGAUGAUCAUAGUUUAAAAAAAAAAAAAAGAAACGCUCAAUAGUAGUAUCUUUAUUUAAAAAACAAUGUCCACACAUUGAUAAUUGGCUACUAGUUGGUUGUAUACUUAUGUUGAGUCUUUUAUUUUUAAUAUAAGAACAUGUCAGAGUGCAUUGUCACACUUAUGUUGCAGCCACUUUCCAAGUAAAAAACUUUGGUUUUCUUAACCAGCUGUAUUGUUGCUGUGGUUACAUGAAGGGUGGGGCAAUAUAUCGAUAUUAUAUUUAUGUCACGAUAUGAGACUAGAUAUUGUCUUAAAUCUAAUAUCAGGAGUGUUCUUUUCCUGGUUUUAAAGGCUGCAUCUCAGUAAAGCAAUUCAUUUCUGAACUUAACAGACUUUUAUGUUAGUUGCCCUCACCCACUUAGGCAUUAUAUCCACAGUCCUGAUGAAUAUUCAUCAUAAGUUUCAUUGUGUAAAUAUUUUGUGAAAGAACCAAUCGUCAACCAAUAAUGUCCCAGUUUGCAUAUUAACAUAUCUGAUCAACCAUAUUGUGAUAUUGAUUUUUUUAGGGUUGUACCUGAAUCAGAAUUAUGUCCGUCAAAUCACAUUUGGCUUAUUAAUAUGAAUAAUAAGUUAUUUGCUCCUUUUAUGGAGUUUGAAUGGGAUUUGGUGAAACGCUCAUGGUGACGGAGAAGUUCAUCUAAUAUAGUAAACAGGCAAAGUUAACCCUUCCCAGCUAAGCCAUAAUACUACGGUAACAAAGGAUCAGAAAUAUAUAUUUUUUGCCGGCUAGUUAUCAAACAAAAGCCAGAGACUGCAUCAUGUUCAGUUGCUGUGAGCUGUUAAAUCGCCUUUCUUCCUUCGUGCAGCUGCCUCCGUCUUCACUCAACCUCACCCUGGGUCUGGGUCUGCAGCUGCCUGUAGUGCAGAGCAGCAUGAAAGCAAGGAGCGCUCCUUCUGCAGAGGAAUCCUAGAAGUAUACUGACUGAUGAAACAAAAAACAAACAAACAUUACAUGACCCCUUGACUGUAAGGAAUCUUAGUUGACUCGAGGGUCUCCGACCGAUGAUUCAAAUCUCCUAUUUCUCAGCCCUUAAUACAAGCAGUUUAGUACACCUUGUGCACUGAUCUAGAGCAGUUAAACUGUUGACCAAAACUGUUUCCAGGUCUUUAGAUUUGUAUAACACCUGCCAGCCAAUUACAGGGUUUUUUUCUGUGGCUGUGGAGGACUACACUUUAUUUUCCUUAAACCUCUUUAUUUACACAUUUACUCUUUAACUUUUUGCAGCAGAAAUGGUGUUACUUUUUAAUUUGUUUAUCAGGCACCAUAGAAGCACAAAAUGUCUAAUAUUUUUUUCUGACUCCAAAACAUUUGAUAAUGGUGUCAAUGUACAGUUUAAUGAAUCUUAUAUAGUAAAGUCUGUGUUACCAUUUUCCCCAUUACUUUUGAUUAUUGUGUUAUAUUGUGUUCUAUUUUUGUUUCAUUUUUAUGUUAUAUAUGUAAAUAUAGUUACAUUUACCUUGUUGCCUACUUUUCCUGAUCUCUUUAUAUCUUUUUAACUUUCUGAAUAUCACUUCCUGCUGCUGCACUGACAUUUCCCCACAGAGAUCUGCAAUUUUAUUUUGUAAUAAUGUGAUUGGCUUCUCUAAUGUAAACAAACUCCUACCCUCUUUGGUAAUUUUUGGGUUAACAGGAGACAGUUUUGUGAGACCGGUUUCCAGGAUCGCUACUGUGUGAUUUUUUUCAAAGCCAGAAAACCCCCCAAAAAAAACAGAAUGAGGUGAACUUUUGCGUCUUGAUUCAAGCCCCUGGUGUGUUAGUUCCUGUGGCCCCUCUAGGCUUUACACAGACACACACACACACACACACACACACACACACCAGCCCACUGUGGUACAAACCUUCAAUGAGCUCCCUCCCCUCCUCCUCCCCCUGUUUUCUUCCUGCCGACAGUGUUUUAGCUCUGAUGCUUCGAUAGCUUUAAUACUUCUCUCUCUUUUUCUGUUGCCUGCCUGGCUCAGCGACAUGUACAGUACACACUCCCUCUGCCCUUACUGUAAACGCCGUCUGAGCAUGCAAAAUGUGUCUCAAAAAAAAAAGAACUCCUGGAUUCCUGCCGCCUUAUGUGCCCUGCAGUAACCCCCCCUCCCUCCUGCCCUCACCUCUCCCCCUGUCCCACCCUCAUUUUCUCUAGGUGUGCCUCUGUCCACAGAACUUCAGGCCGUGAUUACUGAGAAUGAACUUUGCAACUUUGUGUGAGUGUGACGUUUGUGCAUCUGCGAGUGUGUUUGUCAGCGAUAGGAGAGAUUUUAAAAACCAACCUUCCUGUCCUCUUCUCUGUGCAUCGAUGUGGGAACUUUUAAAUCCUAGUUCAUGAACUCCGACCUUUGACCAGGCACUCAUUCAGUCCCUUGUUGUGGUGGUUGAGAAGGGGAGGUUAUGUGGGGACUCUAGAGAGAAGCCCCACUGUCUACCCACAGUCAAUGUUUUAUUUAUGGACCUCUGCACUUUUGGCUGUGAUGACUUCAGUACUUAAGUAGUUACCUGAACUGUAUUUUUAAGGAUUUUAUACAAUAUUUACAUGCAAUACAAUAUGAAUUGAUUUUGUUUUUCUUUGCCAACCAUUUUUUUUGUUUGUUUCUUAUUUAAUUGUCUUUUAUUUUGGCAUGAUUUUGUCACUAUUAUUCAUAAACAAACAUGCCCGUUCGAUCUAUUUUAAAACGUUACGGAGGAUAUUCCCUGUAUGUUUUUGUGUGUCAUGAUUCUGAUGACAGCUGAACACGAAGAAGCAGCUGUAGGAAAAUGUUUGCUGGAUGAGCUAAACUUCAUCACCCUCUGCUUCCAGUCGGAAGAACUGGACCAGAACGAGGAUGAAAUGAGUCCAACACUUUAUUUUCUGUGUCAUGUCCAGUUAUGAUUUCAGUGUUUCAUUUCUACUCAUUCAGAGAAGUCUUUACCCAAACAGAAACGGUCACCUGAUUUUAUUACUUUAGAACUUGAGCCUGAAGAAACUCAUCAUAGGAAACAAUAGAGUUGUGAAGUGGGUCGGAGCUGUUUUGACCGCUGGUACCGGAAGUAAAACUGCCUUUCGUUUUUCCUACAGACAGUGUUACGUGACGUACAGCUGGAGAACUUUUACUGAUUGGAUCAACAUGACUCUCUCCAUCAUCAGUCCAAAUGGUUAAAAAAAACUGUCCAAAAAUAACUGAUCAGUUCACUACGACUCCCAAGGAGCAUCAUGGAAAGAAACGCUCGAUCAUUAAUUCACUUUUGGAUGAAUUCUGCCAAUAUGGCGCCGCACUUAACUACAAAGACAAACUGUUUGAAUUUGCUGCCUUACUUGCGCCCCUUCUCCAUAGCAAUGGUGGCAGAGCCUCAUAGGUAUUGUAGCAUUCAGAGCUGCCCUCCAAGCUUAAAUAACCUGAUUUCUCUAUAGUUGAAGUCAUUGAAACUGGUGUUCCUAACUAGGCGCAUAGCACCAAAUUCUGGACCCUCUGCACAAGCAGUCUUUGUAGGUCCCCCCGUCCCUCUGCUCAUGAUCUGCGUCUCUCUCACGCACCUUUUUUUAAAUAUAUUUUUUUAAGCCAGUUUGCCUUCUUUCCCGCUCUUUCUUUUCUGUUUUGGAGUCCCGAUUUCCAUGGCCGCAGCACUCUAACUGCGGACUAAACCAUUUAAAGUGGUGAGAGGGGCCACAGAGUUAUACAGAGUUCAGUGUUUAAACUGACUUGUUCAGACAAUUUUAAUUUAAUUAUACCUCCAAUUACUUAGGAAAAAAAAGCGCAAACAAAACCAAACUUUCAAUUCCUGGCUUUUCAAGGGCCCUCUCCAUCGAGGCCCUGGGUAAUCAGUCCCACUUCCCCUUACUUCGACGCCCCUGGUCCAAACCUAAACCGAUAUAACGGUUACAUCAUCCAAAAAAAAAGUCUCAUGUUUUUCAUGAUGAGCAACAUUGAAGAUGUUAAUAAAGGAAAAAUGUGAAAAUGGGAAUAAAGAGGGGAGAGAAACUUCCGGUCCCUCUCACUUUGCAACUCUGUGCAGGUCUGUGGGAGCGGAGCAUUUCAGCUGAGACUAUAUUAUAUAUAAUACAUGAAUAAUACAGCAAAGGUAGAAUAUCUACUGUGUGGAUCUUUAGAGGACGAGGACAAAGCAAAAAUAUAGAGCAAAUGGUUGCAAAUAUGUGGAGGGGGGUUGGGGGUGGGAGGGGGCAUGUGCAGA